AUGGAAAUCGCCAAGAUUCAGCCCAGUGGCAAAUCCCAAUGUCCGGGCUAUGAUACCCCGGAUCUUGUCGGAAUUGGACAGGAGCUAAGUGUGCUUGAUAUUUCCGUCCGAGCAGAAAGACAUCUUGUGGCACAAAUCAAGGUACUUCAAGGUCCGGUGGGGAGUGGAAAAUCGCGCAAAGCCUGGGCGUACCGUGAGAAGGUACUUAAGGAAAAGACGUUCAAUGCGGUGUUCUGGAUCGAUGCCACCGACUUGACCAAGUUUCAUCAAUCUUGCGCAAAGAUUCUCGACAUUUUGCCUGGUGCUACGCAGCAGCCUGGUGCUACUGACCUGGAAUCGAGAGCGAUUUUGGGCCUGUCUAGGCUUCGUGCCUUUGAAAAGCCCUGGCUUUUGAUCUUAGAUGGAUUGGAGGAUCCGGAUUGGACUUCGUGGAUCGAAAACCAUCUGAAGGUUUACGAGUCAACGACUGGAGCGAUCUUGAUCACCACUCGCCGACGGGAUUUUCGUUCGUGGGAUGGCAACGCCUUGGUCCACCCCGAGAUUCGAUUUACUGAUAUGAAUUCCGACUCUGAAAUGCUUGAUUGUUUCUUCUCGGUUGUUUCUGGGUCCGAAGUAUGGUAUAGGGAUGCCGAGGCGGAACGAAAGGCAUUGAAUAUCAUUCACUAUUUCGAAGGCCACUUCUGGAUUAUCACUCAGAUUGCCCCAUUUCUUCGAAGCCAAAACAUACCAAAUCUGGAACGUUUCCUGGAAACAGACCCCAAAGUGCUUGAAAGAGAAGUGUGGUCUUGCGUACCUGUCCUAAGAGGACAAGAUAGCGACGCAACUACCAUUGGGAACCCCCCAAAUACACGGUUCACGAGCCUUUCAGAAAUCUUCGAGCCCAUGUUCGCCAGUAUUUUCAAGCAUAAAAGCGAAGAUUCGAAGAAAGGUGCAAUUGCGAUGCUGUAUUUUCUUUCCUUGUUUGGUUUUGAACUCUCAGGAGAUGUGAUCAUUGAAGCGAUUGAAACCAAAAAGGGCAAUCCGUAUCAAUUUCCUUGGGGUUCAUUUUGCAUGAACGAAGGCUGCUUGGAUAAAGAUGAACUUCGAUGGCUGCUCUGUCAGCUUCAAUAUCACUCGCUCUUGGGUGUGUCUAUCUCGAUCUUCCAGGGGCCUGGAGAGCCUGGAGAGCCUGGAUUUUCCGGUAUCGACUCAAUUUUUGGCAGUUGGCUGAGCAUGACACUUGACAACCCAAAUCGCUCUAAUGUGAUCCAGCUAGCCCUGGAAACAUUCAAUUCUAUGUUUUUGGGGACAAAAUCUCUACGGGAGUACCCCGAAGAAUGGCUCGAGGACCUUGUCACGCCUUUGUGGUUGAGUGCAUAUCCAAUGGCCGCCGAGGAAGUCGGUAGACAUCUUUCCCCGACCACGUUUUUGCACUUCAUUAAUGUUGAAGGCUUGAGAAUGAGUAUCGGCGUUUACUCGUUCGUGUUAGACAGCCUCAAAGAGAUUCCUUCUCAGACAUCUGACCGCAAGAAACUCGCCGAAAUCCGCCUUGAUGUAUUGCGUAUGAUGGGGGAAUUCCACAUGAAGACAUCCGAUUUCUACGAUGCGCAGAAGGUAUAUACCACCGGUCUCAAAUUAGCACGGCGCGAGAAGGCUAGCUUUGAGGUGGCUGCCUUUUUGGGUCAAUUGGGAAAUGUUCAUUUUGCCAAGAAAGAGAUUGCUCCCGCCAUGAACGCUUUGACAGAGGCUUUGUCCACAUUGCAACAAUUUCCUUCGAAGUCUGACAGAGACUUCAAAGCCUACAGAAGAAUUUUAAAGGAUCUGGAGGAGAUAUGCUAUCAUAGAGCCAAGGAAGAAGCGAUCGCGAAGCUAAAGAGCUCCCGUCUGGCUACAUCCAUAGGAUUGGCGAGAGGACUCUUACGCUACGAACUUACGGCCGAAGUUCCCAACCCAGACGACGUGUUGACAUGGAUACAGCACAUGAUUGAGCUCUAUCCCGAUUUCAAUGCGGAGCCCGGGAGGGAUGAUAUCUGUGGGAUUCUACAGAGCAUGAAGAAUCAAACUGAACCAGCCAUCCAAGCUGAAGGUUUUGACGUUUGUGCAUUUUGGUCGGAAGACAGAAUCCGACUUUACGGGCGCCAGCUGGGAGCACGCCAUUGGACCGAAAGAAGGCAGGAACUAGACUGGUUGGUUUCCGAAGAUGUUGAAUGA